CGCUUUUUGCCGCUCUUCUUCUCUUAGCCAUGGCUUCCAAUUCUUCUUCCGCUAAUUUCAACAACGGUCCUUCCUCUCCUGAUGAUUCCUUCUCAAGCCCCAUCCUUGACACCUCUUCCCCAGCUCAUCGCCGCCGGCGUGGUCGCCGUCAAGCCUCCACUCCUUCCUCUGCCGCCGCAACCCCACCUCCAAAUCCUUCUCGUUUUGCCAAUUCGGCAGCUACCCCAAAUCCAUCCCGAUCCACCAAGCGUGGGCGCCGCACAGCCACUUCCCCGACUCCUGCUGCAGCCGCCAUUCCAUCCUCCACGGACGAUUACUUAUCGCCAUCUUCAGAGGGCGGAAAUGAUAUGGAGGAGGCGACCCCGACCUUCGUUUGGGGUACCAAUAUUAGCGUUCAAGAUGUGAGGAAUGCAAUCCAAAUGUUCAUCAAGCAUUUCAGAGACCCACAAGAAAUAAGCAAUGGUAUUUAUGGAGAAGGAAAGUAUACGAGAAUGAUACAUAGAGUGCUUGAAGUUGAAGGAGAGUGGAUUGACGUUGAUGCUCAUGAUGUUUUUAAUUAUGACUCUAAUUUGUAUAACAAAAUGAUGAGGUAUCCCCUUGAG